AUGUCAAAACGCCUAAGAACAGAUUCAGACUCUGAAGAAUAUCAUAUAUCAUCCACCAACCACCCAGUCACCCAGAACUUGCAACCACCUGGCAAAUACGCACAACUGGACCCGCACAGUCAUUCCACUGCAAGUCAAACAAUUACUUGCGGUCUCCCCCCUCAUGAGGUCGUCAACUUCACCACAUACGGCGACUACGAGAUCCACUAUCUCAAGUCACACGUCAACAGAUGUCUAGCAUGCGGCAAGAACUUUCCUUCGAGUCAUUUCCUCUCUCUGCAUAUCACCGAACACCAUGAUCCUCUCAACUCCAUCAAACGCGACAGGGGCGAAAAGACGUAUCGCUGCUUUGUGGAGGGUUGCGAAAAGGUCUGCAGCACCCCACAGAAGCGACGUAUGCAUCUGGUCGACAAGCAUAUGUUUCCCAAGAACUAUGAUUUCUACAUUGUGAACCACGGCUCUGACAAUCGCACUUCAUUACUGAAACCGGAGGGCAGAAGUAGAAAAGCUGGCGGAUCUCAAGGCACAAACGCUGUCCGUGAACAAAGUCCCGGCCAAAGCACUCGCACGCUAUUGGCCAUGGCAGAUGAUAUGGUGACCGAGGUCACGAAAGCCAAAGCCGAAGGACAUGCAUCACCCACAGAUACUUCAAUGGAUGAAAUUGCCGGAUCCAUGGCUGCACUGAGAUUUGUGCCAAAGUCUGUUACGUUCGGAAGAGGUCGACAACGCAAAGGACUCUCAAAAGACUGA